AUGGCUGCUGUGGGUUCUGUGGUUCCAAUGGUUCGUUCUCGGACCUUCGUGGACCUGGUCUCAGCUGCUCCACAACCGAUUCCAGCUUUUGAUGUGCCAUUUAGGGCACCAAAAGUGGUUGAUGGUGAACUCUGCUUUUUGUUCUCUAAGGAUGAAAUAAGGAAAUCUGCAGAACCAUUCUGGUUCUCUCUUGUCCUCAAAUUCCUCCGGAGACGUCCUUCUCUUGAUGCCAUCAGAGCUUUCAUCCGUUCCCGUUGGGGAUUGUCUGGUAUCCCGGUAGUUUCUUCCAUGAGUAAGCCUCGUAAUGUAUUUAUUCGGUUUCAAUCUGAGAGUGAUUUAAACAAAGCUUUAUCCAGAGAAGCAACAGAUGUUGAUGGAGUUCACUAUAGGGCUUUUCUCUGGUUGACAGAUUUUUCUGAGAAUGAGGAACCUUCGUUGGUCCCGGUUUGGAUCAAUCUUCCAGGGCUUCCUCCUAAUUUCUACCACUCAUCCUUUUUGAAGAUCUUCACUGCGCCUAUUGGGAGAUUUAUAUGUUGCGAUAACUUUACUCGGUGUGCCACAAGGAUUGAUGGAGCUCGUGUGUGUGUGGAGAUGGAUGCUGCGAAGCCUCCUUUGAAUUCCUUCUGGAUUGGAACCCCUGGGUCUCCUUCUAGCUGGUUGCAGGAAGUGGUUUUUGAAACACUGCCUGCCUUUUGCAUAAAGUGCAAACUACAAGGCCACAAUGGGAAAACAUGUAAAACUGUGGAACUAGAACAUGUGGAUCCUGAAAACCUUUGUAACGAAGAACCUAUGGAGGACCUUGUGGAAGUCACGAAGCUGCAGGAGAGUGAAAGGAUUGAAGGUAACCCGUUAGUGGUGAUGAAUGAUGUGGAAGUUAUUAAUGAGGAGGUGGAAGAGGGGGAAGUGUUACCAAACCAAGUUCUGGCCGACAAUAUAGUUGGGUUGCAAGAGGUGGAUCCUGGUCAAUCUAUGGCCCUUGGUGCAGUGCUUGUGGAGAAACCAGAUUUGGUGAAUGAUGCUUUAAUUGAGCAAGUGGAAGAAGUUGAACAACUAGCAAGCCAGGUGUAUGCUAAAGUUGACUAUUCUAGAACUCCACAGGUGGAAAUUGGGGAUGCUCAACUAGAGGUACUAGAUGAAGAGCAAAUAUGGGUAGCAUCAUUAUUUGAUUCGGAGGGUGCAAAUCAGGAUGCCCAUAUUCAAACGGAAAAAGAAGUUAUGUCGGAGCCGGAAGACUCUGCAAAAACUGUUAGUGCCAAGAUGGGAAAUAAGCCGUUUGUGGAUGAACAAAAUCUUAGACGGUUACAAAGUGUUGUAUCCUUUGAAGGCAGUGUUUCAAAUCAGGAGCUGGGGGGAAAACUAUGGGUGCAAUGGUCUAAAGAGGUAAAAGCUUCGGUGAUGCACUUUUCUUCUCAAAGUAUCACUAUGGCUGUUGAGAUGAAUGGUAAAUGUAUGUGGAUUACGUUUGUUUAUGCAAAGUGUAAUUAUGGGGAGCGUCAAAAAUUAUGGGAUGAUUUAUGUGGGCUACAGUCUUCGAAUGUCCCAUGGAUUGUUAUUGGCGAUUUCAAUAUAAUUAGAUCAGAUAAUGAACGGAUUGGGGGGCAUCCUCGUCCUCGCAUUGCCUUGGAGGAAUUUAAUUCAUUCAUUGAUAUGGUCGGUUUAACUGAUCUGGGAUUUCAAGGAAAUAAGAUGACUUGGUGUAAUGGGCAGGAAGGGAGUUCUAGGAGUUGGGCAAGAUUGGAUCGAGCACUUGUUAAUUUGGCUCACAACUUGGAGUUUCCCUUGGCUGGAGGUUUAUAUUUGCCAAAAUUUUCUUCUUAUCCUGCUAUUUUACAGGUUGAUUUGUGUCUAGAGGAUAGAAGAUAUGGUCAUGUCCCUUUCAAAUUCCAGCAGAUGUGGACAACUCAUGAUGCUUUUAUGAAUCUUGUGACUAAUGAAUGGAAGGAGGAUCAUGGUCGUGGUGGGAUGUUUCAGCUGGCUAGGAAGUUAAAAAAAUUGAAAGGUGCUCUUCGUUUAUGGAACUUAAUGUGUUUGGGUGGACUGGCCUUCAUAUUCAGUAGCUGGAGGAGAGAGUGCAGGCUUUAG